AUGAAUAGCAACAAUAUAUACAACUUAUCCACCUUACCGGAUAAUGUUUCAACAUUAAAAGGUGAUGAGUUUUAUAAAUUUAUACAAUCUGUAGUACGAGAAGUAUUACAUGAUAUUCUUAAAAUCCAAUUGAUUGAUUCAACACAAUCAUUUUUAGAUACAAAAGAUAUAUUUGAAAUAUGUAAAUGUGGUAAAUUAACCUAUGAAUUAAUAAGAAUAAAUUUAGCUGGUGCACUUCCUCACAUGGUGACAUUAAACAGAUUAGUAUUGAAUUCAAAUCACAAUAUAAAUGAAGGUGAAUUUCAAUUUGAUAGAUUAAAACAAUAUUUAAAUUCAAAUGAUGUACAAUUUGACUUUGUAUCAGAAGAUUGUACUGGUGUCAUCUGUAAGAUGUUAACACAAAUUCAUUCAUAG